AUGAACUAAGAGAUCGUUGAAAGUUUUUCAUUACUAUUAGCAUACACCAUUCUAAUUAGUGUAGGGUACUCUUGGUAAAAAUAUUUAUAAAAACUUGAAUAAUAAAAAUAAACACCAAAAGAAAUAGAAUCCAUCAAUAAUAGAGGUUAGGAUGAUAAUUAAGAAGAUAAGCAAGACAGUAAUAUUACCAAAAUUAGUCUAAAAAAAUAAGAGUAAGUUGGUUUACUUGAGCUUUAUCUAUUUAGCAACAAAUAAUUCAAAUAGAAUAAACAAAGUUUUUAUUAAUAAUUAAAUUCUAGAUUCUGAUUUAAUUAAGAUUGGAUAAUACCUAUUAUAUAUUUCUAAUAAUCUAAUGAUUAUUUCAAUCAUGAAUGCCUAUUAUGGUAUAGAGGACUUUAAUAAAUCAUCUUGGGUUCUGGGUUUAUUAAUUGUUCCAAUCUAUAAUUUAAUAUAAUUAAUCAUUUUCUUGUGUGCAUAUUUAUUAGCUUAAAGAAUUCUUAAGAAAAAAUUGAUUGAGAAUAUUGACUCAAUAUUCAUACUAGUUGGUUAUUUUUAUUUUAUUUUGGGAAAUUUAAUCAUUGUUUCAUCUAUUAAUGGAGAUGAUUAUUUGUUUGAUAAAGCUUUAUCAAUUUGUGGAAUUCAAUAUAUAUUAGAAAUAGUUCUUUAUAAAUUAAAUGAAAAAGUAGAUCUAGAUGUAGUAUCAAAAUUAGAUAAUCUGUUGAAAAAACUUUGA